AUGCACUCUCCCAUAUCUCGGGAAAGUGCCGGACGUGAUCAAGAAGGCAGCCGAGGAUGGAGGAACCUGGCAGCCACGGAUGCGGCCCAGACAAAGUUCAAGGGCAACGCUGACGACGAGGAUUCCGAAUUGCGCCGAGCGGUGAGCUUCUUCCCCAAAGGGCGGCGGCUCUCCCGAUGCUGCGGCAGCAUACCGGUGUGCUUCCGAGAUGCGGACAAGGAGCAGCAGUAUCGCCAGCAGAAGAGACAGAGGCUGCGGAAAGUUAUGUGUCGCAUUUGCUUCGUCAGCUUGGUUGCGCAUAUCUUCGUGGUGCUUACUGAUCUCCCAACGGUGGAUUUCGAAAAUCUCACGAACGGCGCGCAGCUCUACGUCGGAAGCCUGACGAUUGUUGCCAUCACUUCGACGGUUGGGAUGGUCUGCAACAUGCUGCCUGAGGUUCUGGUGCCCUGGCUCUUCUUCACAGGAUCCUUCGGGCUAAUGGUUUCGAACCGAUCUCGAGCUGCUUUCCUGGCUGGUGAGUCUAUCGAAGUCGCCUUUUCGAACAUCGCCGCGAUCUCCGACUUGGCAUACUGCGCACUGCUGUCGGAUUCCAAUUUGGUGGGCAACUUAGCGUGCCUCAUCGUCGUUUACUACGUGGUGUUGCCGGUCCGAGCCAUUGCUGGUGCCUGGUUGACUGCGGGCAUCCCGGUCCUCUACCUCGUCUUCACUGUGCCUAAGAGUGAGAAGGAUGGUGGUCUGGCACGAACACUUGGUGUCGCGAUCCGUUUGCUCAUCUGCUGCGUAGUGGGCUUGGUCGGCCGCUGCUACAUUGAGAUGGGCGAAAGGUCGGCCUUCCUACGAGUGCGCAAGGUGGAGGAGGACCUGACCCAAGAGAAAGUUCUUCGCUUUGCUGCCGAGCACGAGAAUGCGAAGGGACCCUUUUCCCAGAAGGCUGAGGCUGAGGACUCUGGGGAGCCACAGCAGCCAAACACAGCCGAACCUGAGAACCGUAGUCUCGCCGUUCCCAUCCUCAACGAUGCUGCUAGUGCAGUGGCUUCGAUGGCGAGCCGUCCUCUCAGCAGCAUCAUCUUCACCCCGUCCGAGUCGAGAGAAGUGCCGGUCGAGUUGCAGCUGUCGGCCAUCAAGGCCGUUGCUGCCGAAGAGAAAUGGCUCAUCUCCUGGUCCGACGUGACGUUCCAGUCCAACCUUCUUGGAAAGGGCGGCUAUGCCAUGGUUGUGCAAGGCCAAUACGCAGGUGCGCGUGUGGCAGUGAAGAUGCCCUCCAAGGAGCAGCUUUCCACGUCCAAAGAGGUUUCAGACUUCUUUGGCAAGGAGUUGAGGGUGCUUCGCCAUUUGCGCCAUCCGUUCAUUGUGAACUUCUACGGCGCUUGUAUAGAGGACGCCAAGCAGCUGGUGGUUCUGAUUGAGGAGUACAUUGACGGAUCAAGCCUACACGACCUGAUCCUCUUCCAGAAGGACAAGCGGUUUACAGAGCAGGUCAGGUGGCAGACUCUCUGCUCUGUCUGUCAUGCCCUGAUGUACUUGCACGAUCAGGGGCCAGCCAUCCUGCAUGGCGACCUCUCAGCCAAGAACAUCAUGAUGCGAAGCAACAGUUUGGAGCCGGUGCUCAUCGACUUCGGGAUGGCGGUGCUCCACAAGUCACGGCAGAAACUCCAGGGAGGCUCUCCACGGUGGAUGGCACCGGAGCUGAUCAGCUCCCUAAGUCAGGGAGGCCUCGCACCAGACUGUAGCGUGGACGUCUUCGCCUUCGGCCGCGUGUGCUUCUUCGUCGCCACCGGGCAGUUGCCGCUGCAAGAAUACACAGUGGACGAGCUGAAGCCUGGCUCAGAACAGUUCACAGCUAAGGCCAGAUAUCGGAAGCUUCAAGCCAAAGCCCUCUCUCAUUCUCCCUAA